AUGGCUUCCUUAUCAUCAUUAUCAGAUGGUUCAAUGCCUGAAUGGUGUCGAAAGCUUCCUCGUCCACAAUAUGCUUCUUUAGAACAAAUUCAUGUUCGACAGCAAUGGUUUCAGGUGUAUAAAGUGUAUUCGGGAGUAUAUGCUAUUUAUGAACCGUAUCAUUGGGAAGAAGUUAUUUCCUACCUAAUUUAUGGUUCACACAAGAAUCUUCUGCUUGAUACGGGAAUGGGUAUUGGAAAUAUUAAGCAAGUAGUUGAUGAACUAACAGCAAAAGACAAUAUUCAAUUACCUCUGAGUGUGAUUAGCUCGCACACACAUCAUGAUCAUAUUGGUGAUAAUUGGCAAUUUGAAGACAUCUAUGGAAUUGACACAAACUUUACACGAACAAAUAUGCAAGGAAACGACACUGAUGCACAAGCAGAGUUGGAACCAGGUAUGAUAUGGAAAAAGUAUUUACCUUCAGACUUUGAUCCAAAAUCUUACCGAAUUCGUCCAUUUCAAAUCAAGAAUUAUCUACGAGAUGGCGAUAAAAUAGACAUGGGUAAUAAUCGUCGAUUAGAAAUAUUAACAACACCAGGACAUACACCCGAUUGUAUAUCAUUAUUUGAUGAACAGAAUGGUCUAUUGUUUGUUGGUGAUACGUUUUAUUUGGGCCCAAUUUUCCUUUAUCGACCAGAAACAAAUUUACAUGAAUAUGCGAAAUCAUUGGAAAAAUUAGCCCAAUUAUGUUCAAAAGUGAAAAUAAUAUUUCCAGCUCAUAAUAUACCCGUAGUUGAGCCAGAUUUGCUCAUCAAAGCGGCUCAGGGGAUCAAAAAUGUGAUGAGUGGAAAACUGAAGCCGAACGAAACUGACAAAGAGCAUGACGUCUAUUCGUUUGAAGAAUUUUCAUUUGUUCUUAACAAAGGCACUAUUUCGUAG